UUACUGUCCAAUGAUGCAAUUUCUUUCAAUUAUUAAUUUGAGACUAUCUCAGUAACUAUUGAUUUUGGACCUUAUUUCGUAUAAUACAUUUUAUGUAAAAUUUGAUGUUUUAUCCAAAUUCGACAGAAAUGUUAAACAUUCUUCUUAAAACACUGAAGAUGACUAACAUAUCUUGAUAAGAAAACAAGUAAUUUAUAAGUUAUUUGAAGUCAGGUUAUAGGAUUUAUUAUUGCAUAAAAAAUAUAGAAUGUUUAUUAAUAUGUAUUAAUAGUAAAGUAAAUACUUUACUAUUUAGUUUUUAUAAAGUUUAGUAUUUAUAUGCAAGAAAUUCCUUUAUUACAGUUCAUAAUAAUAAUGUUUAAUUGAAUAGUAUAAAUGCUCUGAAUGUGGUUCUUAUGUCAAUUUUAUUCAAAUUUCAGAUUAUUAAUAGUUCUUAUUUUCAUAUUGUAUUAUGUUGUAAUUUUUUUAUUAUUUUUUUUGUACGUUCUUUAUUAUAAAAGAUGGAGGAUAAGGAAAAUAAACCAAAGUUGUUGAGUUGUAUGAUAAAAGGUCCUGCUCCUAUAUAUAAACUGCAAACCUUAGUUGGAUAUGAAGGUCACUGUCUAUCUCGACCAAGAGGUCCAGCAUAUACUAUAAGACCUCGAACGAAACUUCACGUAUCAAGUAUUGGACCUGGACCACAAUACAAUGUUUCAAAAUUAACGAUUUAUGGAGCAGAUAAUCCUCCCGCAUAUACAAUAGUUGGUCGAGAACCAUUUAAAGUGAGUGAUUUUGGACCAGGACCAGGAGCACAUUAUCCAGAAUUAUGUCCCCCAAUGAAUCACAAUAUUAGAGCCCCUGCUUAUACUAUUAAAUCUAGGAGUAGAACAAAACUAGAUGACAGUGGACCUGGUCCAAGUGCAUAUAUCUUACCAACUACUAUAGGACCAAAAAUUCCUGACAAAGCAGCUCAAGGUGCUUUUUCUAUUGCUGGGAUUCACAAACUUAGAGAAGAAGAUAUUGGUCCUGGUCCAGCAGCUUACAGCAAUAUAGAUGCCAAUCUUACAAAACGUAGUUCUCCAGCAUACAGCUUAAAAUGGAGGACUGGAUUACCAGAUAUAGAUAAAAGUCCAGGACCACAAUAUUAUCCUCAAUAUGAUACUGGAAGACGUCCUCCUAUGUAUUCUUUUGGUAUAAGACAUAGUGAAUGUGCUGGUUUACCUAUCACAGGCUUGGAUGAAGAUUGAUAUGUUAAUUUUGUAAAUUAACAUAAUUUUGUAUAUAGUACUUUACAUGCUUGUGAUGUCAAGUUAAUGUAACUUGUUUUAUAUAUAUAUUUAAAAUAAAUGUUUAUAUUGUGCUAAUUCAAA